AAAAACGUCAAGGAAGAAGACCCAAGCGCGAAAACAAAACAGUGUUUAAGCGCGCUGCUUUUGAACGGACACUAUCCGUGACCAAUCUCAUGAGCUCCGACUGCUUACAUUUAGUAAAACUAUUGUAUACAGUUCCAUGAACCUUGUUUUUUUUUAUUUUUUAUUUAAAGAAAACACACAUGACAACUAUGGACUCAGCGGAGACUCGAUUCGCUCACCUUUUGCAACCCAUCCGGGAGCUCACAAAGAACUGGGAUGUUGACGUUGCUUCGGAGUUGGCUGAUUAUUUGGAAGAGUUGGACGAGAUGUGCAUCACUUUCGACGGAGGCAAAACCACGCUUAAUUUUGCAGAGGCAGCUCUUUUGAUACAAGGGUCAACGUGUAUCUACAGCAAGAAGGUGGAGCACCUGUAUAACCUGGUGUAUCAAACUCUGGACUACAUUUCUGCCAGGAACAAAAAGAGAGAAAAGCAGGCAGCGGGCGGGGAGGAGGGCGGAGAAACUGGGGGAGCAGAUGGCAAAGACAUGGACAAUGCUGGGAUGGAGUCUUUGGAUCAGAUCUCCUCCGAGACGUCUCAGAAUGUAGAACUGAGGAACGAGUCAAAUGCGAGUGCGGCCGUGGUGCCCCUCCCCCCCGACUCUCUGAUUCCUCCUGAACCUUUUGAGAAGCAGAAGCUGCCGCUCAUCAGUCUGAAAGGCGAGGUGAUGGGCAGCUGCAAAGACUUCCGCAUGAACACGUUUACUCCUGACGCCCUGGGCAUCAUCCGCCUCAUCCUGGACACCGCCCGCUCCAACUUCCUGGGGGAAGCCCUUCUGGAUGCCCCCAUGGUUCCCAUCAGCCUGUUCCACCACCAGGAUGAUGCGGGACAGAUGAGCGAGGAUGCAGGGAUGGGCGUCGCCGGGGGCGACCAUGAAGACGGAGGAGAGCCGUUCCUUCCGUUAGAAGACGGGGCAGGGAUGGAGCAGGAGCCAGAGGAGCACAUCGAAAGACACCAGGCCCUCGGCGAGGGCAGGGUGCUGAGGGCGAGGCGGGGCGUCCAGUCUGCAGAGGAGGAGGAGCAGAGUGACAAGAGGAUGGAGGAGCAGAGAGCCCAGGCGGCCAAUGCAUGGAGGUUACAUGAUCCGUACACGCCGUUCGGGGAGGACAAGCCCCUGAAAACAGGGAAGUGUUACAAGGUGCCUGCAGGCCUGGAUGAUUCCGGAAAGAGGAAAAGAAAGGGGCCCUCGGGGCUGCAGGACUUCUUGAGCUGGUACACUGGCACAUACAAUCCCCCUGAACCCAAACUAAAGAAUGGACCUGCGUUCACAGACCUGAACUACAUUUAUCUCAGUCGAAUGAAAGAUAAGCUGAAGACCAAGAGAAGAAUCCUGAGGAAAACGGGUGUGUUGGUGUGCGAGGAGGAGCUGAGGAGGACCUACCUGGAGCCCGAGGAGAGGAGGGCCACGGACGAGGAGGAGGGACGGCUGGAGGGACUCCGACACCCCGACCUGCAGGAUGACGACCUCUCGGACAACGACCACGAGCCCCUGGCUGACGACCCCGCCGACCCCUUUGGGGGCGAACCCGACUUCAUCGCGCCAGAGCCCAUGAUAGACGGGAUGAGCUACGAAGACCUGGUCAAGAAGAGCGUGGAGCAGUUCCUGGUGAACUCCCAGGGCUACGCCCAGGAAACAGCCCUGUCCAGGAGGGUCAAGGACUGGGAAGACAAGAUUAACCCGGAGCUCCUGCUCCAGGAGGAACGUCCGACCUUUGACAUCCGGGACUACGGCGACCGGAUCGUGUCCGCCCUGGCGGGCGUGGGCCACAGGAGGUCCUUGGCCUCCAUCGUCCACGGCACGGACAACUUCGAGGCCUGCAAGUACCUGCUGGCCUCCCUCCAGCUGGCCAACGACUACACGGUGGAGAUCGACUGCAGCGAGGGGCUGGAGGAGAGCGUCGACUCCAUGGGGCUGACCCUGCUGAGCGAGCGCAGGGCCCACGAGCGCUUCGACAAGGCGCCCGCGGCCACGCACCCCAUUUGACCGUGUGCGCGGGCGGGAGCGAGUGCCACGCUGUCAUGCGCUUGGUGGACGAACCCGGCUGAAACAACGAGGGCUUUGUGGUCGGCUCGCUUUGGACGCUUGUUUACUGUCAGGGUUUGGUCUGCCUGUUGCUGUCCCCUGUCCUGUUUGGUGCUACCAGAUAUGAGUGAGGAUGGGUUAAGUGGAAUGCAGUAUGUGUUUCAGGAGCAGCACAUUGUAUUCGACCUGGAUGAUUCAUGUAGAAAAUGCUAUUUUUCUGUUUCAGCUCUUUUGAAUAGAAGCCAAUGAAACUAUUAGGAUUAAGACUUUCAUGGCCGUGGCUAUCUCGCAAUUAGCCACAGAUGUGCUUUAUAAACCCAAACAAAUAUCAAUAUAAAAUCUAUAAAAUGUAUCUUAAGUAAA